GGGGCUCCGAGAGCCCAGAGUGGGGCGGAUUCCGGGGGCGGGCCGGGAAGGUGGAGGGGCGAGAGGGGGCGGGCCGGGGCGGGGCCAGACCGUCUAGAGGGGAGGGUCUAGAAGCGGCCCCCCGGCGAGAUUCACUGCGCUUGCGCUGACAGACGCAAGAUGGCGGACGGUGCGGAACUAAAGCAAAUGGUUAUGAGCCUUAGAGUUUCUGAACUCCAAGUACUGUUGGGCUACGCUGGGAGAAACAAGCACGGACGCAAACACGAACUUCUCACAAAAGCCCUGCAUUUGCUAAAGGCUGGCUGCAGUCCUGCUGUACAAAUGAAAAUUAAAGAACUCUAUAGGCGGCGGUUCCCCCAGAAAAUCAUGACGCCUGCGGACUUGUCCAUCCCCAACGUACAUUCAAGUCCUAUGCCAGCAACUUUGUCUCCAUCUACCAUUCCACAGCUCACUUAUGAUGGUCACCCUGCAUCAUCACCGUUACUCCCUGUUUCUCUUCUGGGACCUAAACAUGAACUGGAACUCCCACAUCUUACAUCAGCUCUUCAUCCAGUCCACCCGGAUAUAAAACUUCAAAAAUUACCAUUUUAUGAUUUACUGGAUGAACUGAUAAAACCCACCAGUCUAGCAUCAGACAACAGUCAGCGCUUUCGAGAAACCUGUUUUGCAUUUGCAUUGACACCACAACAAGUGCAGCAGAUCAGUAGUUCCAUGGAUAUUUCUGGGACCAAAUGUGACUUCACAGUGCAGGUCCAGUUAAGGUUUUGUUUAUCAGAAACCAGUUGUCCGCAGGAAGAUCACUUCCCACCCAAUCUUUGUGUGAAAGUGAAUACAAAACCUUGCAGCCUUCCAGGUUAUCUUCCACCUACUAAAAAUGGUGUGGAACCAAAGCGACCCAGCCGACCAAUUAAUAUCACCUCACUUGUCCGAUUGUCCACAACAGUACCAAACACCAUUGUUGUUUCUUGGACUGCAGAGAUUGGAAGAAACUAUUCCAUGGCAGUAUAUCUUGUAAAACAGUUGUCCUCAACAGUUCUUCUUCAGAGGUUACGAGCAAAGGGAAUAAGGAAUCCGGAUCAUUCUAGAGCUUUAAUUAAAGAGAAAUUGACUGCGGAUCCAGACAGUGAAAUAGCUACAACCAGCCUAAGGGUUUCUCUGCUAUGUCCACUUGGUAAAAUGCGGCUGACAAUUCCAUGUCGGGCCCUUACAUGUUCUCAUCUGCAGUGUUUUGAUGCAACUCUUUAUAUUCAGAUGAAUGAGAAAAAACCAACCUGGGUUUGUCCUGUCUGUGAUAAGAAGGCUCCGUAUGAACACCUUAUUAUUGAUGGCUUGUUUAUGGAAAUCCUAAAAUACUGUACAGAUUGUGAUGAAAUACAGUUUAAGGAGGACGGCUCUUGGGCACCUAUGAGAUCGAAAAAGGAAGUACAGGAAGUUUCUGCCUCUUACAAUGGAGUUGAUGGAUGCUUGAGCUCCACGUUGGAGCAUCAGGUGGCUUCUCACCACCAGUCCUCAAACAAAAAUAAGAAAGUAGAGGUGAUUGACCUAACCAUAGAUAGUUCAUCUGAUGAAGAGGAAGAAGAGCCGUCUGCCAAGAGGACCUGUCCUUCCCUAUCUCCCACGUCACCACUCAAUAAUAAAGGCAUUUUAAGUCUUCCACAUCAAGCGUCUCCAGUGUCCCGCACCCCAAGCCUCCCUGCUGUAGACACGAGCUACAUUAACACAUCCCUCAUCCAAGACUACAGGCAUCCUUUCCACAUGACACCCAUGCCUUAUGACUUACAAGGAUUAGAUUUCUUUCCUUUCUUAUCAGGAGACAAUCAGCAUUACAACACCUCCCUCCUUGCCGCUGCUGCCGCAGCAGUUUCAGAUGAUCAAGACCUCUUACACUCGUCUCGGUUUUUUCCGUAUACCUCCUCGCAGAUGUUUCUCGAUCAGUUAAGUGCGGGAGGCAGUGCUUCUCUGCCAACCACCAACGGAAGCAGUAGUGGCAGUAACAGCAGCCUCGUGUCCUCCAACAGCCUGAGGGAGAGCCACAGCCACACGGUGACGAAUCGGGGCAGCACGGACACAGCGUCCAUCUUCGGCAUCAUACCAGACAUCAUUUCAUUGGACUGAUGCCCCUGCCCUGCUGCUCCCGUUCCCACCCCGGAUUGGAUGGACUUGGCAAAAAGAAGAACUUUGUGCUCUGUUUGACCUUAUUCUGUUUAGAGAAGUACACAAGCGUGUUUCUUUUUUUCCUUUUUUUAGGGAAAAAAAUUAAAAGAAUUGUACAGAGAACAAAACUAUAUUUUCAGUUUUACUUUUGUAUAUAAAUCUAAGACUGCCUGUCUGAUAAAACACUUGUUUUAAAAAAAAAAAAAAAAAAGGAAAGGAAAGAAAAAAAACAAGCACCCACAAACCACCUUCUGUUUAUUUUUUUCUGGAUUCUGAAGAUUUUCAUCAUUUGUCCUCUGGUUUUGGUUUUAUUUUACUUCAGACAAAUGGCAUUAUUUUAUUUGCAAUAACAUAAGAGGAACUGCAUGUAUGAAGUUUUAAAUUGUGGGCUUUUCUUUGUUGUGGGGAGGGGUUGGGGGAGGUAGGUUUAAUUUCCAUUUGCUAAAAAUGACAGAGUUGAAUUCUAUUUGUGUGUGUGUGCAUAUUUUAUCCAGCUUUAAGUUAUAACUCUCAUCUGUCCCACUGCAUUCCCUGUAUAUUUUCAGGACAUAGCUCGUGGGGGUGUGUGUUCAGUGUGUGGGUCUGUGUGUAUUUUCUCGUCAUUACUGUUCCUUUUCUUCCCAAGUUUGCAUUCAGUUGAUAUGUCAGUUGCCUGCUUCUUUCAAAGUGCUUUGAAGGCCUUGAACUCACAUGUAAAGCAUCUUUACCAGCUAUCCCAACUGCAUGUUCACCAUCACAUAUUCUCUCUUAUUUGCUAUACUCCCUGAGAACAUGUUUUAGAGAUAAUGGAGUAAAGCUGUCAGGGUAAGAGUUAAAGAGUAGGCUUAGCAGACCUGUGAAUAAUACACUUUAGUUCUUUAUUCUAAAUCUGGAGUGCCAGUACUGUGUAUUUAAGCAAAGUCUGUGAGCACCUGCUUUUUUGGCCACAGGGUAACAAGUUUUCAUGAAAGAUCUUUGUACCAAAGUAGGAAGUAAAAGUAGUUUAGAAAGCCCUGUUGCAUGUCUUGUGCAGCUGACAGAGAUAAGGUUACAUCACAUCAAAAAAGAUAGUCAGUCAGUUAUCCUGAAAGUAAAUCCUGCUUUGAAAAUACAGUCUACCACACGUGUCAGUCUUAGAAAUCUGCUUUUUGAUACAGUUGAAAUUCAAAAUGGGUUUGAUCCUUAGUCAUUUUUACUCUGUAGUUCUGAGUGUACUUAUUUUCUGAGCCUGUCUACUUUGUUUUUUCUUCAUCUUUUAAAGAUAAGCAUGCCAUAGGAAAGUCAUUUUUUAGAAUUCAUGGAUCAGUCUGAUCUAAUUAAUAAUGGAACAUGUAAAUAUAUUGAAAGCUGUUUUUCAGGAGAUGAGUGAGGCCUGGAGGGAAGGAAAAGUGGUUCUGUUUGUGUCCCAGAAUCCUCAUCAGAGAAGGUAGUACAGUCUCAGGUGUGGAAAGUAUUUUUAUAGUUGAUUUGAGAGCGCAGGUUUAACAGAAAAGAUAAAGGGGCAUAAUGAUUGCCGAUUUUCCAGACCGGAUUUUUAUAUCACAACUGUUAAUGCUAACGAGUUGUUGUCAGAGUUGAUGAAGGACCACUUUUUGUGUAUAAACUUGCCUUUUUAAACCUUGCAUUGGUAACAAAAUGACCCACUUUAAUCCAGGUGGAAUCCACGAUGGCUGUAUCUUCAGUUGUAUGCUAAACUCAAUGGUUCACGUGACUGUGUGGCAUCUAAAACUAAUGUCUGUUUUUACAGCAUCUCUGCCACUAAAUUGUUGACUUGAAUUUUGGGCAAAAAAAAGUUGGUGUUGAUAUGUAUAUAUGUGUGUGUGUAUCUGUAUUUAUAGACAAUGUGUGAGUGACAAGUGAGUUCUGUAGUCUCCCCUGUGCAUGUGUAUCCCACACAGAAAUGGCUGAGUUAUAGUCACUAAACAAUUUGCAAUAAAAAAAAAAAAACCAAAAAACAAAAAUGGAUUCAUUGUCAGUUAAAACAGGAAAUAGUUUCUUUUUUUUAAAUGAAUCUGGUGUUAUGGUGAAUAAACACUUCAAGAAUUCUUUCUGCAUAUUACUUUAGGUUAAUAUCUAAUAGUAUCAUAAUUUGUGUUUAAAUUUGGAUUGAGGUUGAAAUUACUUAAAUUGUAGGGAGUUGCUUCUUCACAUUGCAUUAGGACACACAUUUCUAUUUCAGCUACCUAAGGUAAGAUGAAUAAUUUUUUCUUUUUUUCCUUUUUCUGUUGUUAGUGGUCUCAAAACUCUGAUCAGUAACUGUAUGUGAUGCUGAAUUACAAACUCUUUCAAUGAUCCAGUUGAAAACUCUUCCCUCUACUUUCUUUAGCCAGUUUUGGAGGGGGUUAAUUUCCCUUCGUUUCCUGCAUUUUACCAACCUAAGUGAAGAACAGGUAAUAGGGAGAAAUAAAUGUCUGUCCAGUGGCUAUCGUCAUGUCUCCGUGGGAGAAGUUAACCAUUCAAUUGUCUUUUUAUUUUAGUUCAUUCCAUUCUGUGAGGAGUUGAUGUUUCUUUCAGUUGUCUACUGUCCAAAAUGUUGUAUUAUUAGUAUUUAUCACUUUGUUGGUCUCAUGGUUGAUAUCAGUCAGUGACUUUUCUGUAACAAUUAUUAGUAGAGUCAUGCACUGCAUCUUUAUUUUCUGAUUAAAAAAAGAAAGCUCAUAGUCAUUUCAUCUCUUCUUUCCUUGCCCCAUCCUCAGUCCCCACCCCUGCCAGUAUUGACAUGCUGUCUGUGGACAAAUAGCAAUUCUUGGAAUCUUUAGGCAAGUUGUCACCAUUCCCCUUGCCUUGGUCUUUCAUAAUAAGUGUGCGUAUGUUUGUAUAUGUGUUUCUGUACAGUACUGUGUGUGUGUGGUGUGUGUGCACACAUCUUUGAUAAAACAGCUGUUUGAGUAGCAGGGUUGAAGUGGCUUUUAAUUACUUUGUGGGCAUUAUUGGACACAUCUUUUUACAGCAAUCUGAACUUUAACCAUGCCGUAUUUGGUUGACUAAUUUAUUUUGAGCAUUAAAAUUUUUCUACUAUUUAGGCAUUAUCACAAUUCUGUAUCAUUACUGACUUAGGAAGGAUUCACCUAAGCUUUUGACAAAUGUGAUUUCUUGGCAGAUUUUCCUUUGAGUCAGAUGUCUGAAACUGAAAUUGUAUCCCAAUUUUAAAGUAAUAACUGUAGGAAGCGUUUUGUUUUUUUUAAUCAGUUUUAAAUACAUAAAAUACUUCAAGAUUUUUGAGAGUUUAAAGCAUAUUUGAAAUUAUUUUAGUAAGAAUUUUGUUUUACCAAUAUAUGUUGAAUUCUGUUUUUUAAUAAAACACAAAGCUUAGAUUUCAAAAAGAGGGAGGAAGAAUAGCUGGUGGUCCCAGAGUGUGCUGCUGUUAUGUAUAUAAACAGAUAUAAAAGUUACCAUAAAUUCCAUAAACUUAAAAUCUGUGAUUCAUUGCCUUAAAACUUUCUCUCUUAGAAUUUCCAUAUCGCAUGCCAAACCAGUAAAAUGGCUUUUAAAAAUGUAUAGUAGACCAAUGUCAGUUUGUAUAAAAGUACCAAGUGAAAAUAUUUAUUACAUGCAUUGGAAAAAAAAUUGUUUACCUAUUGAAUGUUACCUGUUUAUGUAGAGCUCUUUAGAUGUAAUAAAAGAAAAGCCUUCAGUUAA